GUGUUCAACGCAUUUGAAGCCACUGAUCCAUUUGGUUUGUGUGUCCCUAUCGAAAUGCGAACGAAACUGUCAUACGAAAAAUGAUUUUGAAAUACCAUUAGAGCAACGAGAUACAACGGAGAAAACAAACACUUUCGCAUGAGCUGAGGAAAAAUCAGAGAAAAGAAAAGGAAAAAAUGGAUGACCUUCUCAACCGUUUUCUCGCGGGCCAGUCGAUCAAACGAGAAACUAUACCUGGAGGAACAACUGGCGGAAGAAUUGCUACCGAAUAUGAAAGACCAAACUACAAAGAAGAUGAAGAGCCCGAACGAAACACCAAGUAUGCCAAGGAAUUCAAAAACAAAAUCCGCGAAGAAGUAUGGCGGAGGUUUGAUAUACAACGAAACGUGGAAAAAGACAAACAGGAACCAAGUGACAUUUACAGAAAGUAUUCAUUCACAACACGCGUUCCAACACAAAAAUUGCCAAUCGAAGAGCAUCGCCAUCGAAUUCUGAACACGAUUCGUGACAACACAGUAGUAAUUCUACGCGGCCCAACAGGUUGUGGCAAAACAACAAAAGUGCCACAGUUCAUACUGGAUGAAUACCGAGAAAAGGAUCUAUUUUGCAACAUUAUUGUAGCGCAACCACGACGUAUUGCUGCAUCGUCGAACGCCAAACGAGUGUGCAAGGAACGAGGAUGGCCAUGUGGAUCACUUGUCGGAUACCAGGUAGGCUCUGAUCAGGGUAUAAAUUGCUCUAAAGACACCCGAAUUCUCUUCUGUACGACUGGUGUGUUAGUUGAAAAGAUCAUACAUGGCGACCAAUACAAUCCGCUCGACAAAUUUACGCACAUAAUUUUGGACGAGGUUCACGAACGUGACAAAGAUAUGGACUUUUUGAUGAUUGCCAUUUACAAGUAUCUCAAUCCAAAAAUUCGCGUCAUUCUAAUGUCGGCCACCAUUGAUGUUGAUAAGUUUGCCAGAUACUACCAAGUCCCAUCAAACGAUUUAACAUCUGGAAAAGCACCGGUCAUUGAAUUAGGUUAUGAACGUAACUUCCACGUGGAGAAAAUUUUCCUUGAUGAAAUCGAACGAAUGGAAUGCCAAGAGAGGAUGAAUAUGCCAGAAAUUUCCGAACAAAUGUACCGUUGUGCCUUGCGGUUGAUUUGCUUAUUUGAACGAGUGGAUCGAAUUCACAGCGAAGCCAAUGGCAUUGACACCGCAACAUAUGAAAGAAGCCCAAAACCAACAGUUUUGAUAUUUCUACCGGGCAUCUUUGAAAUCAAGCAAAUGUAUCAGCGACUUGAAGAAUGGCGUUUCAUCAAUGAUGAGACCAAAAUUCUUCGAAUCGUAAUGCACUCCACUGCUGAUCCAUUGCUCAAUGAGUUGGCCAUGCAAGAAUCCGACCAAAAUACACGGAAGAUCAUAUUGGCGACAAACAUCGCUGAAAGUUCGAUUACAGUGCCAGACGUUAAAUAUGUGAUCGAUUUUUGCUUGUCCAGAAAUCUUGUAGUCAAUCCCAUGACAAAUUUUCCAUCGCUUCAAUUGGCGUGGGCAUCUCGCGAUAACUGCGAACAAAGAGCCGGUCGAACUGGACGUGUAAUGAAUGGAUGGUGCUUCAGGCUGGUGUCCCGUCACUUUUACAAUCACGAAAUGAGACAAUCGGCCAAAGCUGAAAUGAUCACAAGUCCUUUGGAAAAUAUCAUUUUGAAGACAAAACAAUUGAAUUUGGGUACACCCGAAGAAGUGCUUUCAUUGGCACUUGAUAAACCCUAUUUGGAUGACAUUCACAAUGCCGUGCUGCGGUUGAAAGAAAUGGGCGCCAUGUUGAAAACAACCAAAGGCAAAACAAUCGUACGUGAUGGCGAUAUUACGUACAUUGGUGAAAUUAUGUCGAAAUUGCCGAUCGAUGUGAAAUUGUCCAAAUUGAUUGCUCUUGGAUACUGCUUCGGUGUGUUGGAAGAAUGCAUUAUCAUAGCCGCCGCUUUGAACUCAAAGAAUAUGUUCAAAUACAAUCGAUCGGUGGGUGGAAUCGAUGCAUACACUAAACGACUCGAAUUCGCCGAUGGAAGUGGUUCCGAUUUGUUUGCUUUACUGAACGCGUAUAGAAAAUGGAAGCAAUUGCGUAGCCAAGGCGAAUUUGGCAACGCCAAUGCCAAAAAUUAUACCGAUCGCAAAAAAGUGAAAGCUGCCGAAAAGGAAUGGGCAGAGGCAAACUAUUUGGAAAUUUCGUCGUUGCGUGAAUGUGAUGAAUAUGUCAGAGAUCUGCGCACUCGUAUCAAGCGUAUAAAUUUGAUAGAUUGCAGCAAAUCCGAUGUCACAUGGAAUCGAAAUGAAAAGUACAUUGUUCUGAAAGUCGUAAUCUCCGGCGCUUUCUAUCCAAACUACUUCUCUCGGUCAACGAAUAACAAACGCGACUCAGAAUUAGAAGCUGAAAUAGAUAAAAAAAUAGGUGGUCGAGAUUUAAGUGACACCGUCUACUUCAGUGGUUUUAAAUUUUGCGACAUGCCACACAUUUACAUCCAGCGUAUCAAAGACAUUUUGGUGCACAAUAAUGUAAUCAGCCAAAAAGAUUCGCACAGUGUUACCGUUUCACAUGACGGCGUCUCGGAACGAGUUUUUGUUUCGUUCAAGAAAACUGGCAAAGAAGGCGACAUCAAAAAGUAUGGCGUGGCAUGCCAUCCGGGAUUCGUUCUGACGGAAGUUUAUAAGGCGGUCAAAUUACGAAGUUUGAAACCGGAACAUCACAUCGACGUUCUUUCUGACCGCAAUACAGCCUUAGGCUACGCACAAAGUAAAGGACUUAUUUAUACGCCCGAAGGAAGGGUUCAUACUAAAACCGAAGAAGAGUACAAUAACGUUUGCUAUCCGAAAAAACUCGAUAGAAUUGUCAAAGGGUUCAUCUCACAUACAGAAAAUUGCAGUCGUUUCUGGUUCCAGCCUGAAAAAAAUCUCAAGAACAUCCGCGACAUUUAUGAUGAAUUAAAUAAUCCGAACAGUGACUUGGAAUCAUUUGACAGUGAGUCUGAUGUAGUCAUCGGACAGGUUUUAGCUGCUGUGUACCCGAGUGAUAGCAAUCGCGAAGAAUUUUACCGAGCAAAGGUCAUCUUCAUCGAAAGAGACAAAAAAACUCGACGAAUCACCUACGAAGUUCGAUUCAUUGACUUUGGUAAUACACGGAAGUGUGAAUUGAAGGAUUUGAAGCGUUUUCGUGGUGUUUCGACAGAUUUCCUCACAUUGCCACCGUAUUGCUAUCAAUGUUCUCUCGCAUUCAUUCAACCGUCUCAGGUUAAUGCUCCGGAUGGAGUUUGGAGACAGGAAGCCAAUCAAAAGUUCGUUGAAAUGACAGAUGGCAUCGAACUCGAGGCUGAAGUUUACUCAGUUAUCAACGGUAUGGCUCGAGUGUUUAUAACAGCAAACAAUGUGAACAUCAAUGCCUUUUUGAUUGAUAUCAAAGUGGCGGAGCAUUGCGAAGAGAGCUAUAUGUCAAAGUAUGAGUAUAUUGAACGAGAAAUCGCUCGAAACGAAGAAAGAUCGAAGAACUAUUUGACUCAAGGCAUCAUUAGGCACUUGCAAGAGGAAGAGGUGCCCACAAUCGAGCCACCAACCCGCAAAGAUGGUCGAAUGCAUACAGUCAUAUUGAAGGGACCGUAUAGCCCGCUCGAAAUUAGUUUAUACGGUUUGACAAACAAUUCGUCGGGAGUGCCGAAAAUCGAAGAGCAAUCGGUUAAUAACGUUCUGUUGGAGAAUGAGCCAAACGAUAUGUCGGAGAAGUAUCUGGUUGCAGUGACAUCGCAUCAACACGACGAAAAUGCGGCCAUAACCGUUCGACAAACCACAAUGAUGCCAAAUAUCCGACUGUUUGCGCCAUUGAUGGCCGCUAUUUUCGCGCCAGCAAUGAAAUUGGAACGAAACAAAUUGAAAACGCACUAUAUACGAAUGAUGACGGGCUUGGGAUGUGACGACAGACAAGUGUGUCUUUCAUCCAAUUCGAACAUGAAAUUCAAUUUGGAGGCCGAACUUAAAAACACCGAUCUGGAAACCGUGAACAAUAUUCGAGCAUCGAUCGAUCGUUUAAUGUCACGGAAGUGUUUCUCCGAAUAUCCCAAGGAAAAAGUGCUUAGAAUAAUGCGCACCCUUCAAGACGAUCUCAUCAGCUUAUUGAGUUGCCAGAGAUUGUUGAUUGGUAAAGAAUAUACGAAGAUCUCCUGGGAACCAUAUAAAAACGAAGAUCUAUUAACACGCGAUAAACGAAGCCGUUACGAGCAUCUGCGAAUUUUGCCAAGGCAUCAAUUACUCCGGUUGAGCAAUCCCGAACUAGACCAUUUGUUUCGAAUGGAAAAACAUCAUGAAGAGCUGGAAAGAAUGCGAUACUCAACCAAUGAUAAUAAUCCGACCAACCGUAGCCCAAAAUGUCAUAUCUGUAAUGUUGAUAUCGACAAGAUUCGUCUUCACCUUAUAUCGCGCCAGCAUAAAGAUGGAAUCAAAUGGGUCAAAGAAGCGAUCAACGCUUUUUCAAGACAAUAAAUGCCAUUUUUUUUCUUUCAUUUAAAUUUCAUUUCAUUUGCUAAAAGCAUAAGUUUAUAUUCAAAUUAUAGUGUUCGCUGACAGCAAUCUUAAGAUUUCCUGAAAACUUGAAUCAUUUUCCAAAUACAUUUUCGAUUGGGAGUUGACUGUAUGAAAAAAAAGAACAUGUGAUGACCAUUUUGAAUUCAUGUCACACCAUUAUUUAGAUUAAAGCAAAGAAAAACAUGACACAUAUUGAAGUGUACAUAAAUCAAACGACAAAUCUCAAUUAAUUAUUUUUGUAUUGAUCGAUUUUAUUUUAAUAAACUCUUCAUGCAAAUAUUUACACUGUUGAAAUGCA